AUGCAAGCAGCGAAUUCUCGAAGAAGGAAUAUGCAACUGAGACUGCCAGCAAAUUCACCAAGUCCAUUUUCCAACUUUUCGAGAUUUGUCGACCCUUCCGGCAAGCUUAAUUUUAGUGGCAAGGCUGUUUUACAUGCUCAAGGAGUUGAUUUCAGUAGUGGUAUCAGUUAUAAAAUCAAUAAAGAAGAGUUGGUGUUAUUGGAAGAACUCGGAAAGGGUCAAUAUGGUACGGUACAAAAGGUAUUCCACAAGCCCACUAAUGUAACCAUGGCAAUGAAGGAAAUUCGUCUCGAACUUGAUGAAACUAAAUUAAAUCAAAUUUUAAUGGAGCUGAAUAUUCUCCAUAAAUCUCAAAGCACUUAUAUUGUUGACUUUUAUGGCGCUUUCUUCAUUGAAUCUUGCGUUUAUUAUUGUAUGGAAUAUAUGGAUGCAGGAUCGUUGGAUAAAUUAUAUGGAGAAGGUGUUCCUGAAAACGUUCUCGCCAAAAUCACAAUUGCGAUGGUAAAAGGACUUAAAUUUCUGAAAGAUGAAUUAAACAUUAUACAUCGUGAUGUGAAACCUACAAACGUUCUUGUAAAUAGAGAAGGAGAAGUUAAACUUUGUGAUUUUGGAGUUUCCGGUCAACUGAUACAAUCACUUGCAAGGACCCAUGUCGGAUGUCAAAGUUAUAUGGCGCCAGAAAGAAUACAGACAGAUACAUAUACAGUUCAAUCAGACAUUUGGUCACUUGGACUUUCCAUGCUUGAACUUGGCACCGGUAAAUAUCCCUAUCCCAUUCCGGAUAAAAAAAUUGGCAUGUUUGCCCAACUAAGUGCCAUUGUUGACGGAGUUCCUCCUGUUUUGCCCGAAGGUAGAUUUUCUGCAGAAUGUCGCGAUUUUGUAGCACAAUGCUUGAAUAAAAAUCCUCAAAAUCGACCUACUUAUGCUCAAUUGCUGGAGCAUCCAUUUUUCGAGAAAUAUGAAGAGGCCGACGUUGAUAUGAAAUCAUGGGCCGAACAAGCGUAUUCGUCACGAAAAGAUCUGUUAAAGCAAACAUAG